GGGAAGGGGCGUCGCCUCGGAGCUCUGGGGUUUCUCGGCAGGUCUUCCAGCUUGCACGGGCUCUCCGAGCAAACCUCGAGUCGUCUUGUUCGCCCCCAUCCCCUUGUUUUGCAUCGAACUCGAUGAAGAGCUCUGGGAGGGUCGCAGGCUUGCGCCGUUUUUUUUCACAACCCAAAUAAAAAGGAGUGGUUUGGAGGGGGCGUGGUUAAGUGCUUUGCCCGUUUUCCCGGGAUGGCCAAAGGACAAAUUCCAUCCACCCUUUAGGUUGAGACUCUCCUAAGUAAAUCAUGCCCCCAAAGCGUAAGUCCCCUGCCCAAACCCAGGCAGCAGUCAAGGACAAGAAGGUGAAAAAGGAACCAGAGCCAAAGCCUGAACCAGAAGAAGACAGCUUCCGGUCCACCAUGGAGGCACUGAAGUCAGCUCCCAAAGAGAAGCUUAAAGUGAAAAUCGAUGCUGCUUGCCAGCUAUGUAAUAUCAGCAGUGCCAAGAUCUAUGAGGACUAUGACUGCAUGCUGAACCAAACCAACAUUGGACACAACAACAACAAAUUUUACAUUAUCCAACUCAUAGAGCAAAAUGGGAGUUACAGCUGUUGGAACCGCUGGGGUCGUGUGGGGGAGACAGGACAGUCAAAACUCAGCCACUUUCCUUCCUUGGAAGCUGCCCAAAAGGACUUUGAGAAGAAGUUUCGGGAAAAGACAAAGAACAGUUGGGCCAACCGGGAGAACUUUAUAGCCCAUGAUGGCAAGUACACCUUGAUUGAAGUGCAACAAGGGGAUGAAGAGGAGCAAGAGGUAAUAGUGAAGGUGGACACUGUAGAUGGGGUGAAGCUAUCCAAACAAAAUGUACGGCCGUGCACACUAAACAAGGCUACACAGGAAUUAGUCUCGCUUAUCUUCAGCAACGACAUGUUUAAAGAAGCUAUGCAGACCAUGAAUAUAGAUGUGAAGAAGAUGCCCUUGGGGAAACUGAGCAAGCACCAGAUAGCCAAAGGUUUUGAAGCUUUGGAGGCCAUUGAGGCAGCCAUACAGAAGCAGCCACCAUCCCACAAGCAGCUGGAGGAGCUCUCCUCUCGUUUCUACACAAUCAUCCCCCACAACUUUGGCCGUGCUCGGCCUCCACCCAUCGCCACCCACGAGGUCCUCCAAGCCAAGAAGGAUAUGCUGUUGGUGCUGGCAGAUAUUGAACUGGCCCAGAGCUUACAGGCCCAGAAAAAGAAAGACGAUGAAAAGGAAGAGGAGCUGAAGGUGGAGGAAGUGCCCCAUCCAUUGGACAAGGACUAUGGGUUGUUAAAGUGUGCGCUUACCCUGGUGGACCCAUCAUCGAAGGAUUAUGAGCUGAUUGAAACUUACGUAGAGAAGACUGGUUGUUCAUAUCAGAAACUCAAGGUCCUGAAUAUAUGGAAAGUGAACAGAGAGGGUGAGGCUGAUCGAUUUACGGCUCACAGCCAGUUGGAGAACAGGCGCUUGCUGUGGCAUGGCACCAGUAUAGCUGUCAUUGCUGCCAUCCUGAAGAGUGGCUUACGCAUCAUGCCGCACUCUGGCGGACGUGUGGGCAAGGGCCUGUACUUUGCUUCUGAGAACAGCAAAUCAGCAUGUUAUGUGGGCACCACUUCCAAGCAGGUGGGGAUCAUGUUUCUGAAUGAGGUGGCCCUUGGCAAGCAAUAUAACAUCAUGCAUGAUGAUUCUUCACUACGCAAGCCCCCAGAUGGCUAUGACAGUGUCUUGGCCUGUGGCAGGACUGAGCCAGACCCUGCCAAAGAUAAAGAGAUAAUCCUGGAUGCGAAAAAAGUGCUGAUAGCACAAGGAAAGCCCAUUGCUGUGGCAAAGUAUCAGAGCUCCAGCUUUUGCCAAAGUGAAUACCUGAUCUACCAGGAGAAUCAGUGCCGCAUCCGCUACCUUAUCCAGCUCCAGUUCUAAGAUGCUCUCCUGCUGGGAGCCUCCUGUGCACUGAGGAGACCCUCACUUUUCCAGUACCAAAAUAGGGAUACGUGAGCAACUAUAACAGGGCUCUGAGAGAUGGCCUUUGCUGAAUCCACUGCGUUUCCCUCUUCUCGGUAAUGCAGAGGGUCACGGUAGGACUGAGAAGGGAAGAGGGCGAGAAAGAAAGAGACUGCUGUCCAGCUUUUGAGUUCUGCACAAAACUUAUAUAACACAAAAAACGUGCAUUGUUACAAUAUGUUAUUUUAUGUUUGCUGGCUGGGAGAAAAUUAUAUUGGCUAGAAUUGUAGGCCUAAAAAUACUUUAGCAAGGGUUCCUUGGGCCACACCCCCUUUCUUGAGGCACUUUGACCUUGUCAGUCUUAUAAAUAAUUAAAAGAAUGUAUGUUAAACCUA